AUGGGUCGAUUUCGCUUCGAUCGCCGCAACCGCCUCGUUGCGACUAUUGCAAUUUCGUUGGCAUUUUUCGUCGCUGAGAUUGCAGCUGGCUUUUACACGCAUUCUCUUGCGCUGAUUGCUGAUGCCUUCCAUUAUCUGAGCGAUCUGCUAGGCUUCGUUGUGGCUUUAGCAGCCCUACAGGUGUCUGAAGGCUCAACUCCGGCGCCGCCAGGCUAUACAUUUGGGUGGCAACGAGCUACCCUCUUGGGUGCCUUUUUCAACGGCGUGUUUCUGCUAGCACUCGGAAUCAGCAUUCUGGUUCAAGCCAUCGAGCGGUUCAUCAACAUCUCCCCAAUCGAGGAUCCAAAACUUGUCCUCAUCAUUGGAUCUGUUGGGCUCGCACUGAAUGUGCUAGUAAUGUCAUUUUUGCACGAGCACGAUCACGACCAUGGCCACGGACACAAUCCCGAAAAUGUACACAGCCACAGCCACAGCCAUCACAAUGAUAAAGAACCCCAGACACAGGUAUCUGAAGAGGCUAUCGAGUCCAACGUUCCUUCAAUUACUAGUCAUGUGGAACACAAGCACAGUGUCCAAAUGGCUGCUGCGGCGCACAGCCACAGAGACCUCGGCAUGAUGGGCGCAUUCCUUCAUGUUGUUGGCGACGCGAUAAACAAUGUUGGCGUCAUAAUUUCGGCGUUGAUUAUUUGGAGAGUGGAAGGAGAAAAGAAGUACUACGCCGAUCCAGCCAUUGGAGUUUUCAUCGCCAUUAUGAUAUUUUUCACUGCGAUACCGUUGACCAAGAAAGCUGGGCGUAUUUUGAUGCAGACUGCGCCCGAGGAGAUCGACAUCAAGGAUAUCAAGGAGGAUAUCGAAAUGAUACCCGGCGUUGACUCUGUCCAUGAGCUGCACAUAUGGAAGCUCGACCAAAGAAAGUCGAUUGCAUCGGCACACAUUGUGGUAAACAAUGGCUUCAGUGGAAAGUGGCUUGUCACCGCCAAGACCAUUUUGGAGUGCUUCCAUGCGUACGGCAUACACUCCGUGACACUGCAACCCGAGACUACACCACCCCCCAGGCCGACUGUGGAAAGCCCAGUAGGGGGAUCGGAGAGGCCUCCAGCCAAUAUUCUGGCCGCUUCAGGAGGCGGAUUCGAACACGUGGCGCUUCUCGAGACUCUGUAUAGGCGUGACGAGGUCAGAAAAUUUUCAACGACGUAUUAA